UCUCUCUCUCUCUCUCUCUCUCUCUUCUCUCUUUCUCUUUCUCUCUGUCCCUGUGUUUUUGUGUCCUGUCUUCAUGAUUUCUUUAGCCCUCACAUGAUAGAUAGACAGUAACAGUUUAUUCAGCAUUAGAAGUGUUAAUUCAGCUUCCAGCUCCCUGCACUUGUAUUACAGUGUGAUUGUGUGCGCGCUCCCGCUAAGUCGCAGCAUCAGCACCGUGCGCGCGUCCGGCGGGCAGAGCACCUGGAACAGCGCGAGUUAAAGUUAGCGGAAAACGGGAGCGCGGGGAGAAAGAGGGGAGAAAGCCGGUCCUCGCUGCCCCGUUGCCUCCCACCAUUACUGUUCUAAUCAUCGGGGGCGAGCCGUCGUGGGAAUCCGACCCCAGAGCGCCGGGAGAGGAAGAUGAUGGAGCUCAGAAACGUGCGCUUUCUGUUUCCCGGCCUUUUGCUCUUAUUCGCGCUGCAUCGCUGCUCAUCACGACCGUGUUUAGAUUCAAUUAUUUCACCACUCUAUGCCUCCUCUUUCUGGGCCUCCUCCAGAUACAAUUUUCUCUACUCUGCUCAUUUUGCCAAACUCCACGGAAGUAGUGGCUGGUCUCCAGCCCCUGGAGAUGCACAGCCAUGGCUGCAGAUCAAUCUGGGUAGGAAGUAUCGCAUCGUUGCAAUCGCCACACAGGGUACCUUCAACUCCUACGACUGGGUAACGAAGUACACCCUCCUCUACGGAGACCGCUUUGAUGCAUGGACUCCUUACGUCAUGAAAGGAGGCAACAUGACUUUGCCUGGAAAUUGGAACUACUACCAGGUGAAGAGAAACGUCUUUCACUAUGCUUUUACUGCUAAACACUUGCGCCUCCUACCUAUGGGCUGGAACACGGAAAACGGUGGAAAGAUUGGCGUACGGCUCGAAGUCUAUGGCUGUCCUUAUGACUCAUACGUGAUGCAUUUUGAGGGGGACGACAUGGUGGCAUACUCGUUACCCGGUGGUAGUCUAAGAACCUUGCAGGAUCAUUAUGCUUUGAACUUUAAGACGCUUGAGAAAGAUGGCGUGCUGCUGUACAGCGAGGGAAUCCAGGGAGACUCGAUAUUGCUAGAGCUAAAGACCGGACGGCUCUACCUGCAUAUAAGCCUGGGAAGCAGUACAGUGCAUAACGUCGACGGCAUGACCACAGUGAGGCUGGGAAAUCUACUAGACACACAGCACUGGCAUUACGUCACCAUCAAACGCUACGGCCAAGACCUCAAUUUCACGCUAGACAGCCAGACAGAGAGAGUCCUCCUCAAUGGCGAGUUUAACUACCUAGACCUUGACAAUCAGAUAUACGUAGGUGGUGUGAUUGAGAAAGACUCACCUCACCUCCCAGGUAAAUUCAACUUCCGUGGCUGCUUGGAGAACGUCUUCAUCAAUGGGGUCAACAUCAUUUACAAGACCCAAUACCAAGAUCCUGAUGUCCGGUUUGCUCCCAAAAAGAAAAAGAUGCACUACACAUGUCGUGACCUCCUUUGGAGACCCAUGACUUUUGCAGGGCCCAACAACUACCUCCAGUUGCCUGGGUUUUUUCGAAAGAGCCGACUGGCAGUGAAGUUUAAGUUCCGGUCUUGGGAUUACACCGGAUUGCUGAUGUUCACCAGGUUUGCUGAUGAUCUGGGCUCUUUGGAGCUUGGUUUGAGUGAAGGUCAAGUCAACAUCACCCUUACACAGCCAGGGAACAAGAGACUGCGCUUUGCUGCAGGGUAUCGGUUAAAUGAUGGUUUCUGGCACACGGUGGAUCUGGCUGCCAGAGAUAAUCUGCUCUCAGUCACUAUUGAUGAGGAUGAGAGCUCACCGUUAAAGAUCAGCAACCCGUUCAUGGUUCGCACUGGAAACACCUACUUCUUUGGAGGCUGUCCUAAGACCAACAACACUGCACGCUGCGUGACCAAGCUGGCACGCUUCCACGGCUGCAUGCAGCAGAUCUUUAUUGAUGAUGAGCCUGUGGACAUCGACGUGAUGCUGCAGAGGAAAUGGGGCCGAUACACAGAGCUACUCUUGGGGACAUGUGGGAUCACUGACAGGUGCUCACCAAACCCAUGCGAACACGAGGGCAGGUGCAUUCAGUCCUGGAAUGACUUCCUGUGCAUUUGCAACAACACGGGCUACAAAGGGGAAGUGUGCCACAACUCCGUCUAUCGGGAGUCGUGCGAGGCGUAUAGACUGAAUGGAAAGUACUGGUCAGGCAACUACACCAUAGACCCGGACCUGAGCGGCCCAUUCAAGCCAUUCACAGUCUAUUGCAAGAUGAAGUUAAACAAAGCCUGGACGAUUAUUGAGCACAACCGUCUCGAGAGAGUCAAGGUGACUGGCUCCAGCUUGAAUAAUCCUUAUAUAGGGGACGUCAAGUAUGUAAACGCAUCGUGGGACGAGGUCACUGCUUUAGCCAACACAUCGCUAUACUGCGAACAGUGGAUCGAGUUCUCAUGCUACAAGUCCCGCCUUCUAAACACUCCACAUGGAAGACCUUAUACUUUUUGGAUUGGUCGGCACAACGAGAGUCAUGAAUACUGGGGCGGGUCUUUCUCUGAGAGUGGAAAAUGUGGCUGUGCCAUCAAUCAAACCUGCACCGACUCCAAGUUCUGGUGCAACUGCGACGCCGACUAUCGUCAAUGGUAUGCAGAUAAGGGCUACCUGAUGUUCCGGGACCAUCUACCUGUCAGGAGAAUUGUAGUUGGGGACACAAACCGGCCCGGCUCAGAGGCCCAGUACAGCCUUGGACCACUGCGUUGUUCUGGAGACAGGAGUAUCUGGAAUACGGUAGCUAUUACAAAGCCCACGUUUAUGACCUUCCCCACCUUUAAACCCGGCACCAGCGCUGACAUCACCUUCCACUUCAGGACCUAUCGCACCAACGGGGUCUUCCUAGAAAACUCAGAUGACCAUCUGCGCAACUUCAUCAGGAUCGAGCUAAACUCCACCACUGAGGUAGUUUUCGUCUUUAUGGUGGGCGACGGGAUUCGUAACGUAACCCUGCACACCCCCAAACAUCUCAAUGAUAACGAGUGGCACUACGUCGAGGCCGAGAUCAAUGUCAAAAUGGCAAGGCUCAAAGUGGACUUCUAUCCUCCAGCUAUCCACAAGUUCCCUGAACAAACCUAUAUCAACAUGCAGUUCACUCAACCCCUGCUCGUAGGCGCAGCAAAUCACACCCUGAGGCCCUUCUUGGGUUGCUUGCGUGGCCUGAGAAUGAACGGCGUCCCUGUGGAUCUGGAGGGGAAGGUAGAUGAGCGCACUGGGAUCCGGAGGAACUGCACUGGAGCUUGUCUUAAUGCCUCCAUCCCCUGCAGGAAUGGAGGGCAGUGCAUCGAUGGCUACGCUUCAUACACCUGCGACUGCAACAACACAGCCUUUGAUGGUUAUUAUUGCCAGUUAGAUAUCGGGGCGUUCUUUGAUGUGGGAGCUUGGCUCCGCUACGACAUCCGGAAAGAGCCUAUUUCGGAGGACGCCUGGUGGGCUAACUUCUGGAUCGAACCGCACUGGCACAACUUCACGCUGGGCUACAACACCACCACAGAUGAUAUCGAGUUCAGUUUCAGCACCCUGCAGACACCAGCCGUACUGCUGUACAUCAGCUCCUUCCACAAAGACUACAUCGCUGUGCUGCUCAAGAAAGAUGGUACCCUCUCCCUGAGAUAUCGUCUGGGUUUGUUAACACAUAAAAUUCUGCUGACCUCCAGGAAUCUGGCUGAUGGCUUUCCUCAUUUUGUCAACAUCACCAGGCACAACUACACCGUAUGGACACAGGUGGAUUACAUGGAGCCAUGGGUUGAGAGAUUAACUCUUGGGGAGAUUCCCAGAUUUGACUCACCGAAGAGUAUCUUUCUAGGGCGCGUCAUGGAGGUUGGUGAUAUCGAUUAUGACGUUCAGAGACACAACAGUCCGGGUUUGGUGGGCUGCAUAUCGGGGGUCCGCUAUAACAUCUUUGCGCCGCUGAAGGCGUAUUUUCGGCCCAACGUCACCAAUCCACCCAUCACCACUCAAGGCUACGUGGUGGAGUCUAACUGUGGCGCAUUUCCUCCAGUCUUAGGCUACGUACCUUGGGAGGACGACCCCUGGUUCACUGGACUGUUCUUCUAUUAUAUUCAUGAUGACGUGACUCCACCCUGGAUGACAUUGAUUGUCACCGUGUCUCUGAUGCUGCUCUUCCUCAUGCUGUAUGGUAUGUACAUUUACCUGUACAAAUAUAAAGGCAGCUAUCAUACGAACGAGCCGAAAAACCUGGAGUCGCCCAGUUCUGCUCGUCCCCUCACCGAAACACUGCGCAAAGAUAAGAAGAACCUGCCGGAAAUACAGGAGGAAGCGAUGCGUGAAUAACGCCAGCAAGAAACAGGGUCCGAGGGAAAGGGGGGUGGGACACACAAGGUGAGCGAAACAUAGGGAGCGAAACAUAGGGAAGAGGAAAUGAUGAAACGGAUGGGCGAAACGGGUUACAUUAUGUGAUUCUAAAACACAUCUAUAUUUUUGCUUUAUAUUUAUAUUUUUCUUAAUUUCUAUUCUGUUUGUUUAUUUUUGCCCCCUGGUGUUAAUUGAUGGUAAUUGGGUGUUAAUUCGACAUCUGGUGCUUUUUUGGCUAAACUUUUGCAGGGUUCAGAUCCCACAUUGCAAUGUUGGCCAAAGCAAGUGCCUCAGGAAUCUAAAUAUUUGGAAUUAAAUCAACAGGCUUGCAUGUGUGUGUGUGUAUGUGUGUGUGUGUGUGUGUGUGUGUGUGUUUGCAUAAACACUGUGUCGUAUCCAAUUUUCUUAAAAAAAAGAAGACAAAAAAAAAAAGCAUUUUGCUAAUGUACAUGUUUACAAAGAUUGUAUCUAUUUCUGGUAAACUAUAUAGGGUUGCUUGCAAAUGUUUGUGCACCCCUGGCCAAAUUACAUACACAUUGUUGAUUUAAUUUGACAAUGAAGUCAAAAUAUAUAUUUAUAUAUCCAUCCAUCCAUGCAUACAUACAUACAUACAUUUUAUAUAUAUAUAUAAAAACAAUACCAGUGUAACCAAAAGUUUGGACACACCUUCUUAUUCAAUAGUUUUUCAAUUUGGUUUCAACACAAUAUUAAAACAUUGAAAUUAUGACAGAAGAAAUAUGGAACUAUGUAUAUAACAAUAAUUGACUGAAGGAGAUAUAGAUUAGAUUACAGAAUAUAUAAUAUAUUACAUUACAUUUUCUGCAACAAUGAACGCAUGUUCACUUCAUAUGAUUUAUCUGCUGAAUUGUUUACCCGCUCUUCCUUUCAGAAUGGUUGUAGCUCUGAGAUAUCCUCAGGCACGUUUAAGAUCUGAACACAGAUUUGCAAUGAUGUAAGGAUUCCUUUUGCAGAUCAUGGUAAUCUUUUUAACUGGUAUAUACUGCUAUACUUUUUUAUAUUUAUUUAAUCCUUUUUACCAAAAAAAAAAUGUAAAUAAAAUGUAUACAUUUGGCCAGGAGGAUCCAAACCUUUGCAAUACAAUAGUAAGGCUUUUAGUGGACAUAUUUGAAAUCUUCAUGAGAGCUGAUGGGUUAGAAAUCUAUAUUUGUUAUAUUACUUGCCUUCACCAGUGAUUAGUGCUCGCAUAUACUGCAGGAUCAUAUAUACACUGUUUGAGCUUUAAGUGUAUUAAGCACUUACAAUCACUGUAAUUAAAGAAAUAGUAUUUAGAAGUGAAACUAGGUAUAUAUAAGGUAAAUAUAUGUUCCCAUACCGACCACAGUUUUGUUUAUAUAUGUAUAAGUAUGGAGGAGAGCCAUAGUGAGCUUGGUCAUACCCGUGCUAUAUGUUCUCUCAUAAGUCUUCCUGAUUUUAACAAAAGUGAAAUACAAACCUCAACUUUUACGAAUCCUGCCCUGUGAAAUAAGUAUGAGAAAACUGUCCUGUGUUUCAUGUGAGUAAACUUUGACUCAGGGUUGAAAGAUUCCUCUCACUGUCUCCACCCAAACGUAUCAUACAGUCAAGACUAAAAGUCUUAUUCCAUUCAUUUUUGAGACAAUAUAUGACUUGACUCAACCCGAUUGUUAAAAAAAACAUUACUAAAUACUAAAUUUGAGCUGCCAGAGAAAUCUCACACCAUGUACUUUACCUUUCUUUAUCAUUUUUUUGUAUCUCUUUAUUGAAAGACAUCACCCCCAGACAUUGGUUAACAGAUUUAACAGGAGUCUAAGUAUAGUUGUUUUAUGCAUUUUUACUUAACCCUUUCUUCAUGAAUGGUUCUGAGAUAUUAUGUUGUUGUAUAUAUAUAUAUAUAUAUCAGUGAUAUUACUGUUUAAUUAUUUACUGUUAGCAUUAAAGGGAGUUUACAGUAUGUAUUCCAAAGCAUUCUGAGGUUGUGUUUAAAUACUUUUCACUUACAAAAAAAACAUUACAGGUAGUCACAGAGUUUUUCUUUUGUUUUUAACGGAUUUUACGAUGAUGAUAGCCAUAAGACAUAAGAUUUUUUGUGCGACAUUUAAAUUUUUGCACGAUACUGUAUGUUGUCAUUCUGCAUGCUUUGGAAUGCAUACUGUAAACUCCCUUUAAUGGGUUUGUUAACAGUAAAUAAUUAAACAGAAAUAUCACUGAUAUAUUUUAAUCAGUCUCUCUUUAUACAUUAUGGAUCCCUUCCUCCUAGUUUUGGAAUCUAUUUUCAAAUACAAUCUUACGGUUUUCUUAACCGAAAAGACCUUCGGACUCGACUGUAAAGUUUUCACCGACCACCAUUUUUACCUGUCUUGUAAUCAUCCAAGCCGAUUUCUAUGAGCUCGGAUUUCCAACAAACCUUUUAAAAUUGAGUGGAAGCAUUGAGAGGAAUCUUUGCGAUGAAUUCAUGCGAAUUUGUGUGUUCGGAUCUGAGUGCAAUCUAGAACCUGAUAUGUAUAUUGUAUGUGGACAAGCAAUUAUUAUAACAGCCUACCUAAGCACCCACACACACACACACACACACACACACUAUUUUGUUUAGUUAUCAGGAAUGGUGUCAAAAUGAUUUUGAAAGUUUUUCUUUCUCUCACUGCUUUUUUUUGUUGCUCGCAAUGCUUCAUAAAAUCCAUGCAGCAUAUCAUAUAUUUGAUCGCUAACUUUUUUUUUAAUGAUCUUUUUUAAUCACCAUUUCUUUUUAACCAAAUAUAUAAAUGAAGUAGUUGAACAUUGAAGUAGAGUGUUUGCAAUACAGUCAUCCAGUUUGAUAUUGGGUUUAAAGGGAAACUCCACCAUGGGCAACAUUUUUAUAAUGAACCUGUAACUUACACAAGAUUUGGUGCAUUUUUUAUUGAAAUGAUGCAGUGGUGCUUUAAUGCUUAAGUCCUUCCAGCUUCCUCAUGUGGAGAGGCGACAGUUCUGUGUAUGGAGGCGGUAAUUCAGUGGUUACUAAUCAGAAGCUUGAGGGUUUAAGCCCUUGUUUCACCAAGCUGCCACUAUUGGGCCUUUAAACAAGGCGCUUAACCCUCUGUGCUCCAGGGGUGCUGUAUCGUGUCAGACCCCAGCUUUCUAACAUCAUUCUGAUAUGUGAAGAACGAAUUUUGGCACCUUUACCUUUUACUCAUCUGUACACACUGCUCAAAGUUUUGCUUUCAUCCUAAAGCCACUGGCAUUGAAAAUCACUAACUGGUCAGACUGAUUAAGUGCCAUAACUCAGAAUUGUAUAACUGCAUUGCAUUCUGGUAUUUUAAGUCCAGAAUUUGCACCAUAAAUUUUACAUUUAUGGCAUUUGGCAUCCUGAUGCUGGUUCAUUAGUCUAAGAAUAGCAUCAAUAUUGAUUGCUACAGCUAUAGGACGUCAGUGGAGGGCGUACAGGGAGAGCUUUUAACAAUGGACACUGUCUCAAAGCAACUUUACAGAGAUGAGAUGUAUGAAAAAAUGUUGUAUAAGAAUGUAAAGGUUUAGUGCCUAUAAGUUUGUUCUUUAUAAGUUUAUCUCUAAUAAGUGAGCCAGUGGUGACUGUGGCAAGGAAAAGCAAGUGAGACUUGAAAAGAAUCAGAUUCAAAAGAGAAGCCAUCCUCAUCCGGAUGACACCGAAUGUCCAUUUAUUACAGUUCCAAAACAAUGCAUUUCAUGGUGGAGUUUUCCUUUAAUCUAAGCAUUAAGACUUUAGGAUUUCUUUGCUGUUGCACUGAAUUUGGCAAAGAAAUUAAAAUGCUGCUCCUUCCAGACAGCCCAGUCUCACGCCAAUUUGUGAUCUGUGUUCACAGACACGAAUUUCCCUCUUUUUUCACGUCACUGAGGACCACUUUCUAUGUAAUGUAUUUUAAAAGGAAGUAUUUUUGGUGCCUCCGCCAAAGUUUUCUUUAUCCCACUGGAUAGAUUUUUCUCGUUUGAUAUGGAUCAUUUAAUGUUCAAGCACUAUUACUCAACAUUUAAGCAAAUUUUAUCCUUGUUUUUAUUGUUUUAUAUUCAAUAAGCUACUCGUUAUUGUAUCAUCAGUGGUUCCUUACAGUCAAAAUACGGUGAAUAUUUUCUCCCGGUUAAUUAAGGAGACUGUGUUAAUUAGAGACACACAUUUAUUACAGUAUAACUCUUACCUUUUUUCCCUAACUAUAUAUUUUCUGCCUUAUUCUCUGAUAAAAAUGGAGAAAAAAGAUGACCUUUGGUAUUUCUGUCAGCAUUAAUCAUGAUCCUCUGCUUCCGUUGCUACGGAGACGAUGCCAGACGGAUUCGAUAGAUUAAAGUUUGCGACUAUAUCAGAAAUGCCGUGAGAAUGUAUUGUUCCAGAACAUGGACAAUUGUUUCUACGUUUCCCAAAGUGAAUAAUACAGUAAGGUGAGACACUUUUUAAGAUCUGAACACAUAAUCGUAUUAUUUUUAUAAUUGUAUUAGUAAUUUGUAUGCUAAAAACUAGCAGCGACUCCAUAAUUAUGUAUGUUAACAGUCAUUUCAACUUUAACACCAUACCGAUUUCUUUAAUUAAGAUUUAAAGAUCUUAAAAAUCGUGCUAUUUUUCAAUUCUGGUAUUAGGCCACAAAAUAUAUAUACAGUACUGUACAAAAGUCCUAGGCCACCAUUAGAUUUCUUGUAUACAUAAUUAUUUCUCAGUCUUUUAAGUAGAAAACAACCAAGAAACUUGUAUACAGUAUUAUAAAUCAGAGACAUCAGUUUCUUUAGGCGUAAGUGGGAAGUAUUUGGCGGUACCUUCUAUUACACUUGAGCAAUAGCAGGAACCUGGUUCUCACAAACCUACAUGAAAUGGAACUUUAAGUAAUGUCAUUGCUAACAUCUGUAUUUGUCCUACUAUUUCAUGUCAAAAUGAAAAUGCUGUGAAAAAAAUCUACCGGUCUAAACCCUUUUACCAGGGUUUGUGAAAGACAUGCUUAAACUUUAUAUGCAUUUGUUAAAUGAGUUUAAUCCAUUGAAAGAUUGGCAAAAUUUGCUAAUAAGAUUCCAUCAUUCCAUUCAGAAUGGCACAGAGUUUUACAGACAUAUCAUACAAAUCAUACUUUAGCAUCAGAAAGGCCACUUAGCAUAAAAGCUAGUGGUGGCUUUUGCACAGUACUGUCUUUUGUUUAGGGUUUAAAUUAGUUUGUCAUACGAAUCAUAAGUACACCUUUUUUAAAUUCAGUGAUUUGUUCGCAGUUUAUAACAAGAAAUUAAAGGACCUAUGUAGGGGAAGUGGUGUUGUAGCUUCAUUGAUUGUAGUAGGAAUUAAAGACGCUAAUUAACAGACAGGUGCUGAUAAUAAAAGCCACAUGAUUGGGUAAAUGGCAGGACAUGUGACCACCUUUAUUGUUCAGAACUGCUAAUUCAGCUCUUUUUUUUACAUUGUUUUACAACCAAUAAAUCAGCGUGAAAGGGAUAAUUUAGGAUUACUUAAGAAUUAUUAACAAAUUGGUAACAUUCAAGCUUCCUUCCUGUCUUGUAAAUUCGUCAGACCAGAAAGAAAUUGUUUUUUAUAAUGUUGAGAAAUUGCAAAAACCUCAACUUUUAUACUAUAUAUAUAUAUAUAUAUAUAUCACAGGAAGCUAAUGUGAUUCUAAAUUGGGAAUAAUAUGAUCACUAGUCCCUUCCCAAGUUAGGAUUCUAGUUAACGUUUGAACAUAUUGUAUUUUUUUUGUACAGCGAAGGAAAAAACAUAGGACGAAAAAUAAGUGAACUGAUCAUGUGCGUGUAAACAGGGUAUAACCCUGCAGUGACUCCUCACUAUGCCACAGAAUCCAAGGUACAAUAAUACUAAUAACUAAAAGUAAUAAUAAUAUUAAUAAUAAUAAUAAUAAUAAUACCACAAAAUAAUUUAAGGCAAGACAGAAUAAACAUUCAAUAAAUCUAAUAAACAAAAGCUAAACCAUAAUCCAACCAUGCAGAUGUAAGCUAAUGUUCCAACCAGCAAAACCAAAAUACUGAAUUUAGAUAAUGGACGAAUUAUGGAAUAUGAGGACUUGUUUGCAGCAGCCUUGACAUGUUCACAAGUUCACGGGUACUGCAUUUCUUGUGUGAAUGCUCCAAAUUUCUAAGUAAAUUUCUCUAAAUCCAGGUACAGGGUUUCAGUAAUUGCAAAUGAUCAGUUCGCUUGUUGCUAUGGUUCCAUCAAACUGCUUUUUUGAAUAAAUGGAUUCUGCGCAGAAUGAGUUGAUAUAGAAAGAUCUAUUUCUGAUAUAUAAAACUGAACCAUAGAAUUUAAGAAGGGUGUACUUGAUUGUAAAUUUAUCAAAUAUAUUUAGUUCCUUUCACUGGGUAUAUAAACUAGGAGCUAGAGAGGAUCAACUAAGAGGUGCUACAAACCAAGUCGGAAGUAGAAUAAAUCUUGCAAGUAAGGUUCUUCUAGUAAACAUCAGAGUCUUUGUAUGAGGAUUACAGGACGUAAAUGCACGUUUCGAAUCCGAUUCAUUCAAAGCCAUUGUCAUCACUGCUGCUGCUUUCUAGAUGCUUCUGACGAUCAUGUUGAGGUUUAGAUGAUCACCACCAUCACUGUAUGAUUCUCUCUGAGGUCUCCCUAGGAGCAGUGCUUUAAUAGGAAAAAAAAUAAACUCAAGUAGAACAUCGUAAAGCUAUGCAUUCUGCAUGACGGCACUUUUUAUUAAAAUGCAAUAACAAACAAAAAAAUAAUAAUCAGCUGCUUCCAAUGCUAGUGCUAAUCUCAUCGCUUAAGUAGCAUUAGCAUAUUUUUAAUAAAGUUUGGAAACACAGAGUCUUUUAUGUUUUUUGAUACACAGGCAUGUUUCUAUGUAACAGUUAUAAGGCAAAACACAAGGAUUGGACAGUGAAUGACUGGAAGAAAGUUCUAUGGACAGAUGAGUCUUGACAUUUUUGGUUCUAACAGAACUUAUAUGAGACAGAGAACAGGAGAGAACAUGUUAGCAGACUGUCUCACCCCCACAGUCAAACAUGGACGUGAAAACUUUAUGGUUUGGAGUUGUUUUGGAGCAGGAAAUAUUGGAGUCUUUUUCCAGGUGAAAAGAACAAACAUGGCUCCCAUUCCAUACUUCAUCACCAUGUAAUUCCAUCUGGACUGCAGCUCAUUGGAACGGACUUCACUGUACAACAAGAUGAUGAGCCAAAGCGACCAAUACGUCUGAACUUUAUAAGCAUUAUUUAUAGAGAAAGUGAAACUUCUGUACAUUUAUACAUCUGUUUGGUCAAAGUAAUUAUUUAUACUGGUACCGAGUUUGUUGCUUAGAAAUGAAAGGAACAUGCAUGUGUCUUUAAAAAAACAUAAAACACUACGUGACUCCGAACUUGACAGACACUGUAUACUUGUGUAUUAAAAUAGGCAUGUGAAACUAUACUGAUCAGUACAAGUGUAGAGCGUGUACAUGGCCGUGUUUCUUACUCUCUCUGCCAUUCGUUCUUAUCGUUCACGUUUCUCUCGCUUUUCGCUCACUCAGGAUGAAAUGACUGCCAAUCGAAUGUCCAGUUGAGGAUGAAAAAAGUCCGAGUGAAUGAGGGUUUUUGUGAAUGAAUGUAAAAUCAGGUGACGUUUAAAGUACUGUACUAAGCACCAGGAGGUUUUGAGUUCAAAUCCCAGAGAUGCUGCUACUGAUAAUGUUUUGCGUAAUGCUGCGUAAUUUGUAUUGCAAACUUGUAAUUCCCAGUUUGAAAAAAAAACAACAACACAGUGUCUAGUUGUAUGUGAUUUAUUGUAUUCGGAUUGCUGGAAGCAGGGAAUGUGUGUGUGGAAAAGAUGUUUUUAUUGAUAUCCAAUG